GUUGCUGAAAAUUUGUGGUGAAUACAUGGUGUGAACACAGUUUAAGUGCGCUCCGUGUUUUUGUGGUGCUACACUUUGCAGUUUCUUCAACAUAUAAAAUACAUCGUAUCUUAAUAGACAUCGCCCUGGGUGGAUGUGAAUUGUGAAUGCUUUGGUAAAAAUCCAAACUUGAAUUAAGGUGCACAAAAAGUACGGUGCUCGAAGUGAAGUGAAUUGGAAAAUUUUCCAACGGAUUUGUAUACAGCAACAGUAAUCGCAAAAAAAAGAAGAAGAGAAAAAAAAUUGUAGCGAAACUCUUUCCAUCGACCGAUACUUGAAAAAAAAAAACAUUGUGCUGGCGUACAACAUAAAACGGUAGAGAAUAAAACAAAAAAUUGGCUUUGAGAUAUAAAAACAAAUACGAAAAUUGAGUGAAAAUGAGCGAAAUCGCAAAGUGGUAUAGCAACAAGAGUGUGUUUGUGACGGGUGCGACGGGAUUUGUUGGAAAAUGUUUGGUGGAGAAAUUACUGCGCGAUUGUCCAGAUAUCGCCACUAUUUACAUAAUAAUACGCCCAAAUAAGGCGAAGGGUUUCAGUUUUGAACAACGUAAAAUGGAAUAUACAAAUCAUGUGACUUUCAGUCGACUUCGAGAUACAAAUCCAAGUGCCUUAGAUAAGAUUCAUAUUGUUGAAGGCGACAUUUGUCAACCGAAUCUGGGCAUGUCGAAUUCGGACCGGAAAUUAAUCGCCGAAACGGCAUCAAUCAUUUUUCACAGUGCAGCCGAUGUACGCUUCGAUCGACGACUCAUUGAUGCCUAUAGAACAAACGUGAGCGGUAGCAAAAAUGUUCUCGAUUUUGCUACUGAAUUCAAAAAUAUACUUGCGUUUGUUCUUGUGUCAACGGCUUUCUCACAACCAAGCGAUAUUGGUAAACUUGAGGAAAAACACUACGAAACGUCUAUUACGCCGGAAUUAAUGGAACGCAUCAUUGAAAAUAUUGAUGAAGACACACUAGACAUUCUCACACCAAAAAUACUCGAAAACCAUGCAAACACAUAUGGAUUCACAAAAGGCCUGGUUGAACAAUUGGUUUAUGAUUAUUCCGAUCAAUUUCCAACAGUUAUUGCGCGGCCACCAAUCAUAAUUACAUCAUGGAAAGAGCCACUCAGUGGAUAUACAGAAGGUAUUCACGGAAUAAAUGGUUGGGCCUUAGCUUCAGGUCGCGGAGUACUACGUUCGAUGUUAUGUCAAGAAGAGUACCCUUGUAACGUUAUGCCAGCCGACAUUAUUGUGAACGGUAUUAUAGUAGUGGCCGUUGAGUGUGGUAAAUGCCAUGAAAAGAGACUCGAAGAAGAAGCAGACGCAGUAGAGACAAUCAAAUCAUUUGAAGGACCAAUGUAUUUCAAUAUCGUCGAAGAGAAUCCGUUGAAUUGGAAAUACUAUCUACAGCUUUGUGUGAAACCGACCCACUUGAAAUACCCAUUCGAUAUGGCACUUUGGUAUCCAGGAGGAAGUUUUAAAAAGAAUCGGUUACAUCACUACAUUUGCAUAGUCUUGUUUCAAAUAAUACCGGCACUGCUCGUUGACUUGUUGUUAAUUAUAUUGCGACAUCCGCCAUUUUUGCUGAAAGUUCAACGAUUGGUGUUCGCUGGCAGCCAAGCAUUGGAAUAUUAUAUGAUGGAAUUGUUCGUAUUCAAGGCAUCUGCCUACAAUGCGGUUUGCAGCCGACUCAACAAUAUCGACCGGCAAAUAUUUUAUGACCGAAUGACGAUGGAUAUGGAUGAAUAUUUGCAGAAUGCAGCAUGUGGGACUAAAUUAUACUUGUGCAAGGAGAAGUUGGAAAACAUACCAAAAGCCAGAAUAUUUUGCAGACGUCUGCGGUUCUUGGAUAUAUUUUCAAAAACAUUGAUGACUUAUUGGAUUGCAAAAAAAGUACUCUCUUAUUUCAAUGUUCAUCUAUCGAUUUUCUAAGGUCCAUUGAAGAAAUUUUGCUAAAAUGAUGCGGCUCAUUCCGAACACAAUAAAAUUCGAAUUUUCAAGUGUAAAAAAAAUGUACUAAUAAAAAGCAUAUUCAUUUCAAACAUUCCCAAGUGGUUUUUAUUGCAUUUAAUAAGUGAACAAGGUGAACGAUUUUA